AUUCUCAUCACAACCAACAAUGGGAUGCUGGUAUGGAUGCAAACGCCCUCUUCGCUUUGAAGAAGAAGAAGGGCAAGGCCCAAGCUAAGAAGAAGGACCCUUCGGGCCAUCAGCCUGUUGAUGCCUUCUUCCAGAAGGAGAUGACAGAGCCCUCUGCUGUUGCUGCCGCCGCUGAUGUGGCCGGGGGGGCACGAAGAAGAAGGGUAGCAAGGGGGUUGAGCCCCCUGUCAAGAAGUAGAAAGUUGUCGGGGAUGUUGCUGAGAAGGCGGCCCCCGUGGUGAUUAUAGAGGAUCGGUCCUCUGCUGAGCCCCGGCUGCGACCACACUGAUGACCCCUUCCAACGACCCUUCGAGGGAAUUUCCUCGGGACACCUUGCAGGUUCCCCUCGUCAAGGGGACUGCAGUGAUGUAUGGCACAAUAGAGCCGAAGGCUUUUCUGGGGAGCAUCACCUCGGACCUGGAUAGGAAGGCCCUCGGGACCUACGAUGACGAGGCCCUCGAGAACAAGAUCCACCGGUCUUCCCUCACCUUCUUACAGGCCUGCAUAGCCCUCGGCGAGCAAGCCCGUCGGCUGGAAGAAUGGCGCCUCCAGAAGGUCCAUAAUGAUGAGAAGCUGAAAAAGCUUAUCCACGAGAACUCUGAUGCCAUAAGGCAGAUGGCCCAGCUGGAAGAGAUCCUUCG